UUUAUUAAAGUAACACAGUUUGGUGAAGGAAAGAUGGCGAAUCCCAUCAGAUCGCUGUCUCGUCCAGAUAAACGGCCUCCUGCAGGUUCUAAACCUACUCUUCCUGAGUGGGCAAAGGGUGAUUAUGUGCUAGAAAAAUGGGUAGGAGAAGAAAGGCAGCGUAGGAGAAAUUGGUUGAGGGAUCAAGAGCUUCACCCAAAUGAACCAAGACCGGAAUGGAGACCGAAGAAUCCGUUCCUUGAGCGGCUCAGAGAGCCGUUCCAGCGGAUGCUGAACCCCAUCGACAAAUUGACCGGCAAUAGGAUACGACCCCUCCUCUGGAAAGGUGGCUUCUACUUCAAAUGGUUUGUUCUUCCCAUGUGGCUCACCCAUUAUGUAGUCAAGUACCAUAUAGCACCAACACCUGGAUUUCUUGUCACAGCAAAGCGUGCCGAGUUUCCUGAAAACCCUUUGCACUCGGAAGGUGGUGGACAUCAUUGAUGUGGCCAGUCAUCGUUAUCAUCGUCAUCAUCGACGUCAGAUGCUCAUGGAACACCUGGGUGUGCUUUGACCAGUAGUGGAUGAUGUUGAUGAAAUCAGCUUUUUGUACAUAUUCAAAUUAUUUACCAGGUUGUGUGAAAUAGGUCACUGCACUCUUGUGAAGACUGUUACCUUCAAUAUGACCCAUGUGAUGAAACAUGUAGGAAUGUGUCCGUAACUCUAAAUCAUAGAGUUUGAAACCCAAUGAUCUUGCUGUCUUCGAUGACAGAAAUUUCGUUUUCAGUCAAGAUAUUUGGUGUAUGUUUAUGAAGACCAAGAACCAAACUUGUCCACAUACAUUUAGAAUGUACCGACCAUAAAGUGUUUUACCAGUGAUCUAGAUAGACCAAAUUUUGCAAACUGAAAGGUUUGCCUACCUCCUCAAUCCUUCUUCACAAAAAAAGUAAUUCAAGAAAUGUGUCCUUGUCCAUUCUUCAAGAGAUUUUGUAUUCUCUCUGUCAGCCCUCCUUUUCCUAUGAUAAAUGCUUAUACCUGAAGGGUCAGCAUGUAUUGUGGGCUUGAAGAAUUGAAAAUGCCAUCUUCAAUGAGAAGUGGAUUCUUAGUAACACAACCAUGUGUGAGUUUGUGUGAUGUUGAAUAAUAAAAAAGAAUUUAUUGAAAUAUGA